CAUGAGAACUUCAGGAAACAACAGACUGAGAAAAUAAAGAACCAAGAAAUCAAUUCCAAGGUAUAUUUCCUGAAGCAGACUGUCAGCAACUCCUGUGGGACAAUUGGUCUGAUACAUGCAGUUGCUAAUAAUAAAGACAAGCUGAACCUUGAUGAGGGGUCUGUCCUGAAGAAGUUUCUUGAUGAAACAGCUGGUCUGUCUCCUGAAGAGAGAGCUAAACAUUUUGCAAAUAAUAAGGCUAUACAAGAAGUCCACAAUUCUGUUGCACAAGAAGGACAGUGUCGGGUUGAGGACAACAGUGUGAACUUCCACUUCAUCCUAUUUGCCAAUGUGGAUGGACAUCUGUAUGAAUUGGAUGGGCGCAUGCCGUUUCCUGUAAACCAUGGCACAAGCUCAGCUGACCUGCUGUUGAAGGAUUCUGCGAAGAUCUGCAGACAAUUUACAGAACGUGAAAAAGGAGAAGUUCGUUUUUCUGCUGUGGCUUUCUGCAAAUCUGCCUGAGACUCUGAAGAGAUGCAAGGAGAGCAGUCUAAUAGCACACCAGUAAAUGCAGUCUAAACUCCAGUGCUUCAGUACUUGUUAAACACAGCUGUUCUGGCAACUUAAAUUGUUUCCACCUUUUGCUAUACACAGGAGCAACAUCAGCUGAGCUUAUGCUGAAGGAUGAGCUCAAGUUUUAAUGUGAACAGUUUGGACACGUCAGAUGUCUGUAGACUUUUUUCACAUGUUGAGUAGAAAAUGCUUAACGGGGCUUGUUUAAUCUGUGUCAUGUUAAUUGAGCUGUUGGUUGAUAUUUCCUUGUCCUUAAUGAGAAUAAAAUGUUCUGCUGGAAG